ACGCCUUAAACGAUCAAUACCCAGUACGAUGUCUCCAACCUUAGACCUCCCCACGUUCUCGGGACCACUCACUGCAGUCGCUUUGAACGAGUGGAUGCAGAAAUGUUUCGUCAAAGCGACCCAUUAUAUGAACGACAAUAAAAUCGCCGAGAAAAAUGAAUUCCUGGUCGCCCACAUCGGGGAUAAAAUCAGCGAUGAUGGUGAUACGCACGAUCUGGCGGAUUGGUAUCAGAGCUCAGGCUAUCUCAUAAGGUCGUGGGAAGAUUUCCGAGAGGCAGUAAUGACCCAAGCGCUCGGUUCACAAUGGCUUGCCAGAGCAAUCGGAGACCUUUACAGAACGAAACAAGGCGGCAGGAGUGGUGAAGCAUAUUUUCGAGACCUGAAAGAGAAGCUAUCAGUCUUGGAGCAGAGUUUUGGUGCCAGUAACACAGCGACACGCCGCAAAUUGCCGCUGGAUGAGAACCAUUUCAAGUAUCUCCUGUUGUUUAACGCGGAUCCUACUGUCCUGGAGCAGAUUAUCAAUAGUAGAUUCAACAUUCUGGAUGCUAAUGUUCAGACGAUGAAAGAAGAAAUUGUUACCGCGUCCCAGACGACAAUGUCAGCGAGCAAACCAAACAACGAAGAUGCUCCGACCGCGAGCAGCAAGCCACAGGUACAAUCUUUGCUAAACGCACGAUGGACUGCACACGACUUUCACCACUUCUCAGACCGUGUCCAAUGCGUCGCAUUCACCCCGGAUAACUCGGUGAUGGCUGUUUCGUGUUCGACUAAAACUCUUUGGUUUGUAGAUCUACGCAGCGGGGGAGUGCAUUUCAAGGUCGAUCUACCGAAAUUGGUGACGAGGCUUAAAUUCGCGGGCAAUGAUUAUCUUGUUCUCCCCUUAGAGUAUGAGCUACGCGUUUGGAAGUGGCGAACGACCUCAUUCGAGAGUGGGAGUCAAAUCAUUCUGCCCGAAACUGAUCAUUUUCGACAAUUUGCAAUCUCCCAGAAUGCACAGCGCGUUGCCGUGCAGACACCGAAUAACGUAAUUUUUUAUUCGCUCAUAACUUUCUCACAGGAACUCAGUGUUCCGAAUGUCGGCGGUGAGCAGGUAGCAUUUUCGCCAGAUUGCAAUCUUGUUGCGAAUCGGAGGCCUCCCUAUAUUUACAUCUACGACGUAGCUCAAAGAGCGGUCAUCGAGACAAUUCACACUCCCGGCAAGUUUGGGACAUUCUCGCUGGCCUUUUCUCCUACCGGAAAACAUCUGGCAUUGGCAACGAACGAGCCAUGUAUUAGAGUGUGGAGUUUGAACAACAAGGGCAAGGUCAACCGGGGCGAGGGCAACCAGGGGGAGGUAAUCCAUUUACAGCUCCCUACGGUGACUUGGCUCGUGUACUCGCCGGAUGGUAAAAUAUUCGCUUGUUUAAGUGCGGAAAAUAUCGUGAGGAUACGAGAUGCAGAAACCGCAACAGAACUUACGUCAUUUGAAGGCUCAGAAGGUUUAAGGUAUGGUUACGGAGUGGUAUUUUCGCCGGACGGGAGAAGGCUUGCUACCUUUCCACCUGCUAACGACUCAACAGUUGUCAUUUACAAGGCAACAUGGGAAGGAGUUUCAUAG